UAUAAAUAUAAUAUGACAGAAAUAAGCACACAAGUUAAUGUGAGGAAUCAUGAAAGAACUAUAUAACCAUCAAUCUUAAAAUGCAUUGCAACAAUACUGGAAGAUAUAGUUAAAGAAACGGACAAGUUAGAUUCUUAAUCAACACCUUUUCAUGCUUCGAAAAUACCUGCAAUUACAUUAGAAAAUUAUUUAAUUCGUAUAGCAAAAUAUGCAAAAUGCACAGAUGAAUGUUUCGUUAUUGCCAUGAUUUACUUGGAUAAAGUUUAAGAAUUAAAUCCAGAUAUUUUGUUAAAUAGCCAUUGUGUUCAUAGGUAUGUAAAUCAUGUGAAUUAGGUUUCUAAUGAUUGCAUUGGUGUUAGCCAUCAAAUUUUAAGAUGAUGAUUACUACAGAAACGACUAUUAUUCAAAAAUAGCAGGCAUCUCUUUAAAGGAGUUAAACUAAUUGGAAUCAGAAUUGCUAGAACUACUAAAUUAUGACUUAUUUAUUUCGAAAGAACUUUACAAUAUUUACUUAGAAAAAUUAAGGUACUACCAAGAAUAAUGA